AUGGUUGCUACUGGAACUUUCCUUUUCACCUCAGAGUCAGUUGGCGAGGGUCAUCCCGACAAGAUCGCCGAUCAGGUCUCUGACGCUGUUCUCGAUGCCUGCUUGGCCGAGGACCGCCUCUCUAAGGUCGCCUGUGAGACUGCCACAAAGACCGGUAUGAUUAUGGUUUUUGGUGAAAUUACCACCAGCGCCCGUCUUGACUACCAGAAGAUCAUCCGUGAUACCAUCAAGGACAUUGGAUACGAUGACUCAAGGAAGGGCUUUGACUACAACACCUGUAACGUCUUGGUUGCCAUUGAGCAGCAAUCUAAGGAUAUUGCUCAGGGUCUCCACUAUGAGAAGGCUCUCGAAGAGUUGGGCGCUGGUGACCAGGGUAUCAUGUUCGGAUAUGCUACCGACGAGACUCCUCAGCUCCUCCCCUUGACCGUUGUCCUUGCCCACAAGUUGAACGCCGAUAUGGCUGCUGCCCGUCGUGACGGUUCGCUUCCAUGGCUCCGACCUGAUACCAAGACCCAGGUGACCGUUGAGUACGUUCACGACAACGGUGCUGUCAUCCCUAAGCGCGUUGACACUGUCGUUGUCUCUGCUCAGCACUCUGAGGACAUUACAACCGAAGAGUUGAGGAAGGAGAUCUUGGAGAAGAUUGUCAAGAAGUCAAUUCCUGCCAAGUACCUCGAUGAGAAGACCAUCUAUCACAUUCAACCCUCUGGUCAAUUCAUCAUUGGUGGACCCCAGGGUGACGCCGGUUUGACCGGACGUAAGAUCAUCGUCGACACCUACGGUGGUUGGGGUGCUCACGGUGGUGGUGCUUUCUCCGGAAAGGACUUCUCCAAGGUCGACCGCUCUGCUGCCUACGUUGCCCGUUGGAUUGCCAAGUCUUUGGUCGCUGCUGGCCUUGCCCGCCGUGCUCUUGUUCAGCUAUCGUACGCCAUUGGUGUUGCCGAACCUCUUUCUAUCUUCGUCGACACCUACGGCACUUCCGACAAGACUAGUGACGAGUUGGUUGCCAUUAUCCGCAAGAACUUUGAUCUGAGACCUGGUGUCAUUGUCAAGGACUUGGACCUUGCCAGGCCCAUCUAUCUCCAGACCGCCAAGAACGGUCACUUCACCAACCAAGAGUUCACUUGGGAGAAGCCCAAGAAGCUCGAGUUCUAG